ACAAGAAACCAAGUUGAAAUCUUAUUACAUCAUACAGUGAGCAGAAUUUACUCAUUUAAGUUAAUUAUUCACACCAUAUAUAACAGCAAAGAGAGACAGAUUUAAGAAGAUAUUGUCAAACAUCAAAGUGAAGAAGAAUGAAGGGAAUUGUGCUCUUGGCAAUGCUUCUUAUUGUUGUGAGUGCAGGAGAAGUGAAUGGAAAGAGAAACAUUUUUUCAUUGAAGGAAACCGAGGAGUUAGUUGAACAGAAACUUAAGAUCCUAAACAAGCCUGCAGUAAAAAGCAUAAAGAGUGAAGACGGUGAUAUCAUAGAUUGCGUCAACAUUUACAAACAACCUGCUUUUGAUCAUCCUUUGUUGAAAAAUCAUAAAAUCAAGGUUCGACUUUAUUGUUUAUUAAGAUCUACAACUAUCCAUGCACUCGUCUUAUGUAUGAAUUCAAUUUUCAUGUGUGUAGAAUGAAAAGAGUCAAAAUUUUCUCAUAUUUUGUGUCAUAGAAAUAUUAAGUUUUACCUUUUGCUUUCUUUGAAUUUAAGGGUGUCAAGCAAUGAGCCCAAUUGUGGACACUAACAAACCCGCCUAAUGACAUGUAUAAAGCCUUAUAAGAUUUAUAACUAUAUUAAAUUAAAUAUUUUUAUUCAUCAUUGAUAAUAAGUCAGAUUCUUAUAUAUGCAUGCUCUUAUGACAGUUACCCUUCCCCCCACGCUUAAAUAUCUUGUUUUUUUUUAGUAUCAUGUAUUAGUAUAAUAAUUAUUUAGAUAAAUACAUUUUGA